UUGUAUUUCAUCUUUGAGAGAGCAAGACCAUUUUCGUUUUGCAAAGGAACCUUGAUCAGAAAAUCAUCACGUCAAUGGGAAGCUUUCAAAGGGGCACCAAGGCCAAGACCAGGGGCAACAAAGAGCCAUGGCCUACGUGGACUUCAUUUAUUCCUGAACUGCAUCUACACCAGUCAUAACAUUGGUCAUAGAGCAAAACAAAGACAACAUGGAACCAUUGAGGAAGGAAAUCCUAGAACCAACAAGGAGACUGUCCCCUUCUCCAGCCCUUCUCUUCUGUCACCCAUCGAUGGAAGAAUUAGCAUCUGCAAUUGCCAGGAAAUGUUGUCGGGAGUCCCUGUCCAUGACUUGCCUUACUCCAACGCCUGCAGUAGCUCACAAGACACCUUCUGAGUUGCACCCUCUGAAUAAGGAGAAUAUUACACGUGUUCAGAUGCGAGUUCAGCAUGUUGAGUUUCGGAGAGAUGGUAUACUGUGGGGUAGCUUCAAGGAUGGAUGGCCUAAUCUAUUCAUUGAAAACGUCAAACAGUGCGCUGGCAGAGAUGUGAUUUUUCUUGGGAGUUUCCACUCGCCAGAAAUAGUUUUUGAGCAACUUUCGAUACUCUACAACAUGCCAAGGUAUCUUGCCAGAUCCUUCAAGUUCAUUUUACCGUACUUCCCAACUGGAACCAUGGAACGUGUUGACACAGAGGGCCAAGUUGCAACUGCUAAGGUAUUAGCCAUGAUGUUAUCUGCAAUCCCUAGUACAGCAAGAGGACCAGCCCAGAUUGUUAUGUUUGACAUUCAUGCUCUACAGGAGCGAUUCUACUUUGCUGAUACCAUUAUUCCAAGACUAGAGUCCGCAAUACCCCUCCUUCAUCGUGAGAUGCUAACCUUACCAGAUGAAGUCAAGUUCCAUAUCGCUAUAGCCUUCCCUGAUGAAGGAGCGCAUAAGAGAUUUAAUGGGAUGUUUCAAGAGUUUCCACAGAUCACCUGCAUCAAAGUACGCAAUGGAGAUCAGAGGCUCGUCACAAUCAAAGAAGGGGAGCCUAAGGAUUACCAUGUGGUGAUCAUUGAUGACUUGGUGCAAACUGGUGGCACUUUGAAGAACUGUGGACGGGUAUUACUAGAGAAAGGAGCAGCAUCAGUUAGUGCCUUUGUUACUCACGCUGUAUUCCCCCAAGAUUCUUGGAAGUCAUUCACUACCGAAGCAGCAGACGUUAAAUUCAACCAUUUCUGGAUAACCGACUCGGUACCUCAUGCUAGUACGAUUGCCAAGCACGCUCCAUUCAAGCUCCUGUCUCUAUGUGAUGUCAUAUCGGAGGCACUCCUUGGUUACGACCUGGUACAGACACUAUGAUUGGAUGAUUUUCCUGAAGCACCUGGUACAGACGUUGUGAUUGGAUGAUUUUCCUGAAGCACCUGGUACAGACACUGUGAUUGGAUGAUUUUCCUAAAAGAACCUGGUACAGACGUUGUGAUUGGAUGACUUUCCUAAAGCAUCUGGUACAGACACUGUGAUUGGAUGAUUUUCAAAUAGCCGCUCUCACGUCGACCUAUGUAUUUGCUCUGCUACAGUACUGUCGUGAUCACACAGAACUCAUUACAGGAAAGCUCGCAUUAAAGAAUUUUGUUUUGAGUAUGGCCACAAAAAAUAACUUUUUAGCAGUUAACCUGCCUGGGGCAGUCGGCACCCCUACUGGUUUGUGCAUGAUCCAUUUAAGUCCACUGUUUGGAAAAAGGAAUUAUAUGGAGAUAACAGUUGUGAAUUGUCAGACAAAAAGGAUGUUUACUUUUAUUCUCACCUCUUUCUUUAUUGGAGCCGUCCCAAAAUACUUGCAUGCGUAGGUCACUUAUAAGGAAACUGAUUGCUCUAGAAGUAUUUUUGGUGUUAUUAGUCAUACGCGUUUUGGCGUGCAAGCUUAAGCAUGCCCUAUAACGUGUAAUGCCAUCAUUAUUAUGCAGUUACUUAAUGUAGAAACUACUGAUUUUGCAAUAAGUAGUAAUUUUUCGACUUUUUUCUGAUGCCGACUGGUUUUGAUUGUUUAACACUGUCGUUGUUAAACUCAGGAUGUUACCAAUCAGAGACUGAAAGUUCCUGACACUCUGUUAUUUGAUGAUUUUCCUCAAGCACCUAGUACAGACUCUACGAUUGGAUGCUUUUUCUUAAACACCUAGUACGAACUCUGUGAUUGGAUGAUUUUUCUUAAACUCUUUUGUACAGUCUCUUGUGAUAAUCUGAUUUUCCGAAAAAGACUUUUUGUGGAGGUUCUAUGCAUUCUACAGAUAUAGCACACUUUAUAAUUCCUAUCGGGUGUCUCAAAUCAGGUUGUGUCAAUUUUAAUUCAGUCACAAAUUUUGUAUGUUUUCUACUUAUUCAAUUUAUUGGCUAGGGUUUUUGUGCAAAAAUACUUAUUUGAGAGAGGAUGAUCCUCUAUAAAUAAAUCAGAUAUUAUAACAUUAUUCAUGAAUAUGUUUUUUUUACCCAUUGUAUUAGCACUGUAUACUCGGUACUUUCCCAAACUUUGUUUAACAAAAUCACAGGCAUACUCAGGUGGGAUUCAAACCCAUGACCUUUGCGAUUCGAGAGCAGAUGUCUUAGUAAACUAAACCACCGAGAUUGCCUGGUAAUGUUAUAACAUUAUUACAAUACCUUAGAUGGAACCCAGUGAUCUUUAAGGUGCCUAGCACUGAAGGCUAGAGCCUUGAUUUCUAUAUUUUGUUUGCUUUGUGUGGCGUGUCUUGACCGAGCGGAUAACCUGAUAACAGCACCGGACUCAAGCUCUGGUGUUUCUGAUUGGCUGAGUGUGGGUUCAGGUCCUGGUCAUGACACUUGUGUUCUUAAGCAAGACACUUAACCAUUAUUGCUGUGUCCUUCGGAUGGGACGUAAAGCCGAUGGUCCCAUGUUCUUUGUAAUGAUUGGAAAGCACCCAGUGCAAUUAUCGUUUAGAAAAGGGGUUCGCCCCGUCGCCCCUGUAUUUCUGGUAUGGCUGCGUUGCAGAUUGCGCCUCUGCACAUUAUACAAUUGUUGCACACUGGGACGGGGUCCAUUCAAGCGUUUCAUUUUAUUCUGGCUGAAUUAUUCAUCAUAAAGUUCACAUCUAGUACUUAAUUUCCUCAUUGGGAUCUUAAGUUAUAUUUUCAGCAGCACUUCCUUCUUAUAUAGCAUUUGUUCAGUUUUAAAAACUAAUCUUGUGCAUAACUUGUAAGUCUUUUAACUGUUUGAAAAUUGUAUAAAUGUAGAUGUUUGUUUCAGUACAUCGUUAACAGUAGGGCGGUGUCUGGCAAAUUGUUUCAAAGGAAGGUAUAAGUUUGGCAAUCACACUCAAAAUUAAUAAGCCUUUUUAAGAUAUGGCGGACACAAUACCUAGAUUUGUUCGUAUGUCCUUGUAGUCCCUUGUCUUGUGAGUCUUAUUGUUUUGUUAGUCUGUCAAUAGGUUAGGGUACAAAAGCCAAGGCUUCACCCAAUCCUAAGUUUUGCCCUUCUGAUUUGUUAAUAACUUUGGCUACUGUUUACAACUGCCACUGUUAAUAUUUAUGAAAAACCAAUGAUGUAUUAUAUCAUGUGAGGACAAUACCGAAAUAAAUGUUUAUUGAAUUGAA